AUGGACAAAAAAGCGAACGGUGAUGGGCGGCCACUAGGGCCAUCGCGACGGGCGAGACGCGACAGAACGCCUGAUCUGUCGCCGGAUCCAUCGAACGAUUCGUCGCUGAUCGGGCUACGAGUGAGAUGCCAUAGUAGCGCCGCCGUGCGGGAGAUUGCGUCAAACCCUGCCACCCACGGCAGCGCCACUAGGCAAGUGGUUAGCGGGAAAGUUUUCAAGAAAUGUAAGAGCGCGACAUUUCAGAUAGAUGGCGCUACUUAUACGAUUGAGGAGCUCGAUCACGCAGGGGUUAAUUCUAUGUCUGUCAUCCAUCGACAGGCACAGCAAUGAUGGUGACCAAAAAUGUGUUACUUAGUUCUUCGAACGGUAUGUCAAAUUUGGUCCCGACUGGAUCUGCAGCCGUUAAUACCCAUCAAUCCACAAUGACUCCUAGUGGUGAGUUAUGGCACGUUCUCGUGCCCAGGAUAUUAAUAUGGUGAUGACCCAAGAACUUUCAAUAUAAUUUUCUGUAACUUAGACACAGGCUGUUGGGCAAUGAAUUCACUUAUUGUUAUAGAGGAGCAGUGGAGACGGCAAUUGGUCGAAGCUGUAGCUCUACGACGUAACAAAAUUCCUGAUUAAUCUGACAAAAUGCACAAUGAUUGGCAAUCCUCACAACUCCUGAGGAUGCUCCGUGAAGGAAAACGAAGAUAAAACACAUGGAGAGUCGUGAUUUUGCGAGAUUUGUUGCCGUUUGCACAUGUGUAUUUCGUACACAAACACAUAGGCGGUACACAGCAGCCCUUGCGGAUACUGACUGGGUGUGAAAAUUGCUAGAUAUUAUGGUUUCACGGCUUUAAAAUAAAUCAGUAAUAUUGGCAAUGUCAGCAAACCAAUCACUAAUAUCCUGUGAUUGGACAGAUCAAUUCUAUCAUCGUUAUAUCAUGA